AUGCCACCAUCGAAAAAAAACUCUUCCGCGAGCGCUGCGACACGCAAGAAGCAUGCGCGCAAGGCGGCUGCCGCCCAGGGCACCGUAGAAGAGCCCCAAGUCCCCAAGGAGAAGAAACCGAAGGGCAAGGACAAGAAGGCGGCCAAGAAAGAGCCUCAAAAGAAAGUCUACAUUCCACCGGUCAAGCCUACGCCUGCUCAGCCAGAUCCUCUCGAUACGCUUGGCCUCGCACAAAAGCUACCCCCUGAACUUUCGGUCAUUCUACGGCUGCUCGCGAAGAAGGACGCGACCACGAAGAGGCGGGCACUGGAGGAUCUUCAGACUGCUUGGAUAGCAAGGGCUAAGCGAGGGGAUGAGCCAGAAUACUUGCUCUACAAUCUGGAGCAGACGAUUCCUGUCUGGUUGCACCAUGUCCCGGCCCUCUUCUUCCACCCUUCGCGACGGAUUCGACUACAGGCUGUCGCAUUGCAUGCGUCUAUCCUCGACAUUCGUCCACUUCGACAGGCGCUUUUCUUCCAGAUCCGAGAAGUCCUUUCCUCAGACCACGCGGAAUCCGUCCUAGGAUCGUGGUGUCUAGCUGUUCACGACGUUGAUCGGCAGGUUUCGUCCUAUGCCAGGGAGUCAUGGGCAAGGUACGUCUCCACAUCAGAGAGUACGGAGGGCAAGCUGCUGCUCGACGCUGCCCUCUUUCCUCGGCUGUGGGAUUUCGUCUACCGGACGCUCCUAGAUCCACUUGGGGUGUACCUUUACAUCAACCCUCCACAAACUGCAAUCCCCACUCUCACACCCAGCAGAAAGGGCUCCGGGCGCGGAACACCAGUUCGGAAAGACGACGAGCCUGUUGGACGGGCGAAGGCAGAGGAAGAUGAAGAGAAGGAGCAGGACAGGAAGGCGCGGUUACGCGUAAGUGCAUUCGGUGCAACCGAGUGGGUCUUGAACGUCAAAUCCUCGCGCUCUGAUCACCCACUGCCCUCAGAGGCUCAAGACGCCGCCGGAAAGGCCACUGAAGAAAGUUUCUGGACGGUCUUCGCAAACCCCGCGUUGUGGUCUUCAUUAUACUCAGGCAAGACUCCGCCAUUUGUGGAUGCUGAGAGCUUCGGAUACGAGCAGCCAGUCGUUCGACGUCGAGCUAUACUGCGUUCUGCGUGGGUCGAGAUGGACAAUAUCGUCAGGUCCUCGAUGUGGCAACCGCUCCUCCUCUUCCUGAAAGCACAUCCAAAAUCUUGGAUCUUGGAGGCCACCCCAGAGAAGGAUGAGGACGAGGAUGAGGACGAGGAUGAAGAUGGAGGUUCAGGAGAUGAGGGAGAGGAAUCUCAACCACAGCUGAAGCCCGCGGAGCCGCAGCUUGGUCAAUCGCACGCAUACAACGAGUUUUUGCAGUUCCUAGCGACGGGAUGCUCCGGCUCCCCGGUGCAGGGGUAUCCCACCGUUCUAAUCAUAUUAUCCACGAUCCCUUCGGCGAUUAUUGCCUUAUCCUCUGAGCAUCCGUUGGAGGUCCUGUUUGCGUCCUUCUGGUCGGCGGUGGAUGCGCGCGUGUUGAACUCGCUAGAUCGAGUGGCAGCUUCCGCCGCGUUUCUGUCAUCCCUGCUCGAAUGUCUGGUAUUCGUAACCCGGCGGAUCAUCAAUUCUCAAGAAGAUGAGGCAGUGUCUCUCAUCCGCAGUCAAUCCGACCAGCAAGUUUUGCGCGAGGAAGCAGUGAACUCUUUCGUACGGGAACAAAUCAAACACUUCUGGGAGGACUUCACCUCAGGAACGCUCAAAGUCUCCGCAAAGAAGGCUGGAACGGAACUCGGGAAGACCUUCAUCACGCUGCACAAGCUGCAUCCUCCAAGCUUCGAGGCGGGAUGGAGUGUGGUGACUACCGCCGUUCAAGCUUUCACCACACCGUCUACAGAAGCCAUUCCUCUGCUCAUCCCUGAUGUCCUUCAGGCUCUCACCACGUCCAUGGAAAAGGGUACGGUUCCUGGAGAUGCGGCCACUGUCUUAGUGCUGUCUAUCGUCGGGUUUGCUCUUGACCAGUGUGCAGCUGUUCUCAAGGUGGAGGAGGUGGACGCUGCUCGAGUGGCAUCCUUGGUCAACAUUUUCCACGCGUUCGGUGAGGUUGUCUUUACGGAUCCCCAGGUUGCCAAGGGGGUAGAUGAUUUGGUCCAAGGUCAAACAAAUGAACUGCUGCACACAAUGCCUUCGCUCGUCAUCCUGUAUCUCCAGCAUCGCCAAGAUCAGGUCAUCUGUUCUUCAGUGUGGCAUCAAGUUCUCAAGAUCAUCGAUAGUCCCGACGAUGUCAAGGUCUUUCUGCCGCUUCUACUGGAUGCAGCCGAGGAUGAGAGUCUACCAGAUUAUCUACGUCCCCAAGACGAAGGACCCCAACGUCUGAUCGCUAGUCUCCUCUCAGAGGCGCUGUCGGGUCCUCCUGGGACAACAGGAGCUGUACUCGUUCGUAGGCUUCUCAUAUCGCACAAGUACUUCGUCUCUGACGCUUGCUCGGAGAACUCAAUGCGAAGCCUUGUCCUGGCCUUUUCCACCCACGUCGACUCUGCGCUGCGAGAGGAGAAGCCUUCGGUAGCAUCUUUGACUACUCCGCUCACGCUACUGCGCGACCUUGUCAAGAAUGGCUCGUCCGGCCUCCUUCUGGAUUCUGCGUCAGCCGAGCUCUACCCUUACAUCUACCUGCUGGCUUUCCUGAUGCCUCAAGUUUGCACCAUGGACGAGACUCUCAAGAAGACCGCACAGGGGCUCUGGGAUGAGUGGGCCGCAACUGGGGGCGAAGCCGUGGAGAACAUCACUAUGGGCGCCGUCAAGCAACUCCUCCGCGAUCUCAUGGCCGACUUCGUCGCCUGCCCGACCCCUGGGCAUAUUCUUCGCAUGGUAGCGACCUCGCCGUACGGCGCCAGCAUCAACGUGCUCGCAGAAAUCUUCCCCUCCCGGGACGAGAUCGACCGCUUGCUUACCGAGCUUCCUCCAGCCCCCCUGGACGCCAGCCUUGCGGUCGUUGACCCUCUAGUCCCCCCUCCAACCCAGUUCCGCGCGGCAGCGAACGAAGCUCCAGACUGCGACAACCAAGGGUUCUCGGUGUACGCGCGCGUCGUGCACGGGCUCUUGCUCCAUCUCGCAGACGACCGGCAGACGGCGAAGACCAACUUCUGGGCACUGCACCACUUCCUAGCCCUUGCGAUCUACGCAGAAGACGAGAAGCACUUACCGGCGUUGCAAAGCCCGGUCUUCUCCCAAAGCGUUUCACGCGCUACCCUGCAGAAUAUUACAGACAGGACGCUGCAGAUUGCCACCUAUUUGCUCUCGUCGUUCACAGAAGAGACGUGGCAUGCCGACGUCACGAAGGUGCUUCUUGGCCAAGGCUCGGCGGAACGUCUCGAUGGCGCUGGGAAGCUCAUUGUCGAUUUGAUUAGCAACGCGAGGACACAAGACACUGUCCGAGAGUCGAGGGUGCUGCAUAUGAUCCUACAUCACGUAUUGAAUACAGCUACAAAGGCGGAUGCGGAACAGUGGAUGGCAGUGGCCAGGAGACUGGAGAGGCAGGCCCCCCAUACCGCGCUAGCGAUGAUCUUUUCCAUCACCCGCUAUGCCCCAGAGCCUACCAGGCUGGACCGCCUCCGGAACGAGCUCGCAGCCGGAAUCAUGGGCAUCCCCGUGUCCAAAGCGAACACGGAGGGCCUCUGGUUGCUCCGAAACCUCGCCGCGUCUGCGCCCGACCCCGAAUCCGACAUCGUCUAUCUGCCGCAGCUCCGUGCAGUCAACUUCAUGAAGGCCUGCCAGCAGUGGAUCACCUCGGACGAGGACUUGGAGGAAGAUGUGCACACCGAGAUGACUCUCGUAUUUGCUUCGAUUGUUCCCAUCUUGUCCAAUGUGCCUGGGGGACAUUGGGAUCUCAUGUUCGACGUGAUGGAGAACAACCUAGAGAACGCUUCACUCGACGACUCGACGACAUUCGUGGCGCUUGCAAGAUCGUUGCAGUUGUUCAUGGUCAUUGAAGACUUCGCUGCCUCGACGAGAACCCUCCGCGAGAUAUGGGAGGAACGAAAGUCGUCGAUCCUCACGCUAAUCCGCGAUCUCAUUGCCCUGAAGCUGGACGCAGCGUCAUCCGCACCGCUUUCCACCUGCCGUGAACUCGCGUUGCAGAUCGUCCAGAACCUGCCCACCUCCCUUCUCACCCGCGAGACGCUUCGGAAGAUGUGCCACCUUGUUCUAGACAGCUCCGUCGAUGUGCAACGCAUGGCGUACCAGCUCUUGCAAGAGGCGGCGAAGAAAUACACUGAGGAACUUGUCAUCGAGGCUGCAGUGGACACUGAAGAGACGAUCAAGGUUGAAAUCCCGUCAGAGCUGCUUGACAUCCUGCAGCGCAGCCCGAACCACGAAGAUAUGAACGAGUAUGGCCAAGAGUGGUUCGGUUAUCUGCUCGCCUGGAUGGUAACCUUCGACCUGUUCCUUGAUGCGUCACUCAAGGUGAAGUCCGGCUACAUCGACCAACUCCGGGAUCUCGACCUCGUCGGAGCUCGACUUCUCCCGACCGUGUUCGGCAUCCUUGACCUGUACGGAGGCAUGGCCAAGGCGUUCAAGGUCGACAUAUGGGACGUCGACGAGUACUACCUCGACUUUUACUCCGCCGAGACCUCGCUCAGCCAGCGGCUGCUCACUGCGCACCUCUACUACCGCGCCCUCCUGCUCGUGCCCUCGCUGCUGUCGACCGUCGUCGCCACCUACACCUCCCGGCACUUCUCGCCCGCGAUCAUCCGGACCGAGCUCGCGCGCCGACCUGCGGGCGAGAACGUGACGGUGAAGGUGGCCGCGGCGGUGCACGAGGCGACGGCAGCGUACGCGGUCGACGAGCAGCGGCUCGAGCUCACCGUGAAGCUCCCCGUGGACUGGCCGCUGCAUACGAUCGAGAUCCGGGUCUCGAAGCUCGUCGGCGUCGCGGAGGACCGUUGGCGCGCGUGGGUGCUCGGCGUGCAGCUGAUCCUCACGUUCAGGAGCGGAAGCAUCGUCGACGGGCUGAGCUUCUUCUUGAAGAACGUGUCCUCGCACUUCGAAGGCGUCGCCGAAUGCGCCAUCUGCUACUCACUUGUGAACGCAACGGACGGCAGUCUGCCGCGCAAGCCUUGCAAAACGUGCAAGAACCGAUUCCACGCUGCGUGCCUGUACAAGUGGUUCAACACCAGUCACUCUUCGAGUUGCCCCCUGUGCCGCUCGGAGAUCAUGACCGGAAAGUAA